AUGUCUUCAGAUAUUGGUUUAAUUGGUUUAGCCGUUAUGGGUGAGAACUUGGUUCUCAAUAUGGAGAGCAAGGGAUUCACUUGUUCGGUUUACAACAGAACUACCGCAAAGGUCGACGAGUUUGUCAAUGGACGUGGUAAGGGAAAGAAGUUUGUCGGUUGCCACUCAAUGGAAGACCUCGUCAAGUCACUCAAGACACCACGUAUUGUCAUGCUCAUGGUAAAGGCAGGUGAUGUAGUCGACCACUUUAUCAACCAACUCGUACCAUUGUUGAGCCAAGGUGACAUCAUCAUCGAUGGUGGAAACUCGCUCUACACUGACUCUGACCGUCGUGUAAAGGAUCUCGAUAAGAAGGGUAUCAACUUUAUUGGUACUGGUGUAUCUGGUGGUGAGGAAGGUGCUUUGCACGGUCCAUCCAUUAUGCCUGGUGGUAAUCCAAAGGCAUGGGAAGCCGUUAAACCAAUUUUACAAGCUAUUGCUGCUAAAGUUGAAGGUGGACAACCAUGUUGUGAUUGGGUUGGAGAUGGUGGUGCUGGUCACUACGUAAAGAUGGUACACAAUGGUAUUGAGUAUGGAGAUAUGCAAUUGAUCAGCGAAGCCUACUUCAUUUUGAAGAAUUACAUUGGUUUGAGCAACUCUGAGAUUCAACAAGUAUUCCUCGAGUGGAACAAAGGUGAUUUGGAUUCAUACUUGAUCGAGAUCUCUGCCGAUAUCUUUGGAAAGAAGGAGGAGAACGGUCAAUACGUUGUCGAUAACAUUCUCGAUAGUGCCGGUCAAAAGGGUACUGGAAAGUGGACUGCCAUCAACGCACUCGACCUCGGUGUACCCGUCACUUUGAUUGGUGAGGCUGUCUUUGCCCGUUGUCUCUCCUCUUUGAAGGAUCAACGUGUUUCCGCCGCCAAGAUUCUUCCAGGUCCAGUCGCUUCCGAAGCCCACAACAACUUCAAGGGUGACAAGAAGCAAUUCAUUGAGUACAUCAGACAAGCUUUGUUUGCCUCAAAGUUGGUUUCAUACGCUCAAGGUUUCACCAUGAUGAAGGCUGCCGCCAAGGAAUACUCAUGGAAUCUCAACUAUGGUAACAUUGCUUUGUUGUGGAGAGGUGGUUGCAUCAUUCGCUCCACCUUCUUGGGUAAGAUCAAGGAUGCCUAUGAACGUGAUCCAAACUUGGAUAACUUGCUCACCGACAAAUGGUUCACAGAGAAGAUCGGUGCUUGUGAGGUCGGUUGGCGUCAAGUAACUGCUGCCUCCAUCUUGAACGGUAUCCCAUCGCCAGCUUUCACCACUGCCCUCUCAUACUUUGACGGUUACCGUUGCCCAAUGUUGCCAGCCAACUUGAUCCAAGCUCAAAGAGAUUACUUUGGUGCUCACACCUACGAGAAGCUCAACGGAAAGAGAGGUGAAUUCUUCCACACCAAUUGGACAGGUAGAGGUGGUAACACUCACAGUACCUCAUACAAUGCUUAA